GAUUAUACUGAAGAUUCAGGGGGUUGAAGGAUUAGCCAAGGCAGAUUAAAGUGGCUAUCCUCAACCUGGUAAUCCAGCCAUCUGUCAGAAAGCAGUCAGGCAGCAUUGGGCUGCAGGGUGUGAUUUGUCUCCCUUCCUCAGCUUGCUAAUUAAUACUGCCAAGGACCAGCUCUCACAGGCUACAGAACAUCAGGACUGUUUUAAAAAAGAAACACUCUUCUACAGAGUUUAAAAUGCAGGAGGCGUAUUUGCUUGGCCAUCCUGGCAUAAAAAAGAAGAUUUUGCAUGGAGGUCAAGGACCAUUGCCGCAUUUUCCGAAGGGAACCAAGCUGGUGUUCCACUUUCAGACUCUGUUGGACAACUUUGAAAGAACAGUGAUUGACGACAGUCGCAAAAAUAAGCGUCCCACAGAGAUUUUCGUGGGGAAGAUGUUCAAAAUGGAGGUGUGGGAGGUGCUGUUAACCUCCAUGAGGAUUGGAGAGGUGGCGGAGUUUUGGUGUGAUGCUAUUCACACAGGUCUUUAUCCCAUGGUGUCAAAAGGGAUGCGACUGGCUGCUCAGGGAAAGGACCCUCUAGAGGGCCAAAGACACACGUGUGGCAUGGGAAACUUGUUUCACUACCAUUCGACAGGCUUUCCAGAGCUUGAUGAGCUAAUGAGGACACCUCAGCCUCUAAUCUUCAUCAUGGAACUAAUCUUGGUGGGCGACCCGUUCUCUUACCAGCGGGAGUCUUGGAUGAUGGAGAAGGAUGAGAAGCUAAAGGUCGUGCCCUCGCUACAUCUUUUGGGCAAUGCUCUGGUCAAGCAGGGUCGGUUCCGUGAAGCUGCAGAAAAGUACCAGGAGGCUGUGGUUCUGCUGCGAACAGUCCAAUCCAGGGAGAUGCCUGGAGAUGAAGACUACAUUAAUCUGGACAGGCUUAUCAUUCCUCUUGUACUGAACUACUGCCAGUGCAUGUUAGAGCUGGAGGAAUAUUAUGAAGUCAUAGAACAUACAACAGAGCUCCUGGACAAGCACAAAGACUGUGUCAAGGCCUACUAUAAGCGAGCGAAGGCCUAUGCAGCUGUGUGGAGCGAGAGGGAGGCCAGGAGAGACUUCCAGAUGGUGGCCAACCUAGACAUCACACUGUCUCGAUUGGUGCAAAGAGAACUCGAUCUUCUCUCUGAGAGAAUGAAAGAAAAAUACUGGGAGGAUAAAGAAAGGUACUGGAAGAUCCUGGAAGACAGAGAAAAGGAACCAGAGAAGGAGGACAUCUCUGAAAUGGAUGCAAAAGAGGAAAGCAGAGGGGAACAUUCUCAGUCCCCUGAAGAGGUCAAAGAUGCUGAGGAGGGAAAUAAUCCAUCUGUAGCAGACGAAAACAAGCAUGACACCAAAAGUGAAGAGUCGGCAGCGGAGGCCAAACACAGGAUAACAGCUCUGACCGAGGGCAAGGACUGGCAGCAGAUGCUACGGCUAAUUAUGCUGCUCCAAGACGAAGGCAAUUUCAAUGUGAAAGAGCAUAAAUACACUGAGGCGACUGCUAAGUUCAAGGAGGCUCUGGAGUAUGUUGACCAUCUCCAAACUAAGGUGGAACAUAAAGGAGAAGACUGGGAAUCUCUAGAGAAAGUCCGUCUGCCACUCUGUCUAAACCUCAGUCAGUGUAAGCUGGAGCUUGGGGAAUACCUAGAAGUGGUGGAUCUCAACUCUAAACUGCUGAAGAAACAUAAAGACAAUAUGAAAGCUGUGUACCAGCGGGCCCAAGCUCACGCCACAUUAUGUAACGAAGACGAGGCACACAGGGAUUUCAAUAGGGUCAUGCAACUGGAUCCCAGAUUCAAACCCAUCGUCAAACAGGAGAUUAAGAAGAUGGGUGAGAACAUAAGAGUGAAGUGUGUCAAUGAAAACAAAAACUACUGGACAAGCACUCAGGAGAAGUGGGAAAAGAAGGCGCAGACAAAGAGAGGAAAGAAGAUGAAGAAAGGAGUGACAUGGGCGGAUGAGAGUAAAAGGUUGGGAAGGAACGAUGAAGGACAACUGGCAAGAUCUGGCUGCGGUGACAAAUCAGAGGAGAGCUGCAGUGUCAAAGCAGGUAAUAAAGAUGAAGGACAGGAUGAGAAGAAAAACUGCGAGAACAAAAAAGACGAGAGCUUUCUGAACCUGAAAGAAGCAAAAGAAAAACCUGCAGCUGUAGGUAAAGACAGGUAUUCAGUCCAAAGCAAUGUGCUGGGAGAUAGUACACAGAGAUCACAGACAGAUAGCGGGGCCACUGAAACUCUACUGACCAAUGAGAUUACAAAGAAAAAUUACGGCCAAGAUGAGAUCACAGAUGAAAUACAAGAAUCUCCUGCAAAGCCAGACAAAGAUGCAAGCAGUGGAGCAUCAAGGGAAGAAAGACAGACAGACACGACUGGAGAUGAUGAAACAGAGGAAAGCUACUGAAUUUAAGAUGGAGAAGACAAAUGUUGAGGAACCAACAGGAGCAUCACCUGCAAAACCUGAGAAAUUCACCAAAAAUAUAAAAUGCAAACAGAAAAAGAAACAGAUUAAAUGCCAUCAUCUGAAAAAAAAAAUACAAACCAGACCAGGUGUAUAACAAAUAAAAAUUUAUUUCUUUGUACACAAUGAGUAGAAAGCAGCCAGUAACUCGUUCAUUUUUAAAACUCCUUCCUUUCACAUUUUGUACAGAUUAAAAACAUGAAAAACUAAAAACGAAGACAUUAAUUAUGGUGUUAAUAAUUAAAAAUAAAACUGCAUUGCACAUGAAAAUCAAAACAUAAAAAAACACAACGCAUAUAUUGCAGGGACACAAAUAAAACGUAAUAUUUGUAUUCAGGUCAUUUGACCUGAAAACAACACAACAUGUCAUAGUGUGUAAUGGCGAUGCCACAGGUUCAGAGGUUAAACCAGUAAAUGCCCAGUUGUGUAGUUCAAUAUUACAAACAAGCCUACAAAGCCAGAGACGUAUUGGGGUCGUGACACAAAGGUCUGCUACAUACAAACAAAAAUAAUGAGUGUAUUUGUUAAUGAGGCAGAUGGCUAAAUAUAGCUCAGGCAGCCCUUAGCAAUGCUGUCAAAUCCACAAAAUAUUUCCUUCUGUAAUUUAACACAUCCCACAAAUUCAGCACAUCUCAUUUUCUAAAAGUAGACAAGGGAGCAAUUAUGAGUUAAAAAGAUCAUAUUAAGGAAUAAUAGAUAUACAUACAGUAUAUGCCAGAAUGGAGAAUUAUUAUAUUUAGCAAAUGGUAUGCAUAUAGAAGAAUUUCCAUGUAUUACAUAAUGCUACAUGAUUUGCUACCAUGUUGAAGCUCUACAUAUCAUAAUUUGCAAAAAUGUUUAAUAAAUCAUCUCCCUUUCUACAGGCUUAAAAGUCAUUUUCUUAAUCAGCAUUGUGUCUUGCUUUCUAUUAAAAAUAUCUAAAUAUACUUAAAACAUGAUUCAUUUAUUUGAAAAACAAUGAUUUUAUUGCUUCUUUUCAGAGAAUAUACUGAAUAGUUUUUUCAAAUUUCUUCACAUUUUAGCCAUUUUACUUAAGAUGUAAAAUAUGCUUUCAGAUAAGAUUGGGUAAAAAAAUGAACUUAAUUGUAAAGUAUAGGUCUAUCUCUGAAAACAAGUCAUAAUAUUAAAUUGACUAAAUGUAUCUUGUUUUAAGGAUGUUUGGAUAUUGUACUGGGAAAAAAGUGUUGAAAUGACUUCAGACAAUCCACACAAUCACAGCCCUGAAUUAGUUGAGACUGUUUGGCAUGGAAUAGAGAGGGAGCUGGAGAAAGAAACGAAUCGCAAUGCGCAUACUUCAAUGUGUGCGUUUGUAUGUGUGAGAUGCUUUUGUCCCGAAGAAGCACUGGAAUGAUAAAUGGGUGUCGCUGUGGAUAGAACACCAGAUGUUGAUCUUAAUGAGGAGCCAUGCAAGUUAAACAAAGGCAUGCAUAUGGGGCGGAGGGGACCCGAGUUUCCCUCUCUCUCUUCCUCCAUAUGCUUAUUUGUAUCUCCUCCAUUAUGAAGUCACCCCACCUUUCUAAAGACCAACCUGCAGCGCUGUGUCCUUGGGGACCGUUCCUUAGCAACCGCAUCAAAACAAACAGACAGCUCACCACUGUGAUGUAAAAUGAGAUCACAAUGCGUGCGAAAGAAAGCCGGCGAUGCCACAGUGGGAUUCAAGCAAAAAACCUACAGAGCAACAGGGGUCACUUUGUGUUUUUAUGGAGACGGGGAGAGCGAGGAAUCGCUAUACUUCCAACAUGUUUGCCAAAACAAAUGGAGAACAUCUCUUGCUCUCUCAGCUGCAAUAAUCUCAUUCCUGUUUGCAGGGGCUGCAGUGCCACAACCCAUCACCGUGAAUAUUUACACACUUUUCUCUUUCCCAUUUGCAGUCUUUCCUUCACGUCGUAUCUCUUCCCGCUCACUAUCUUUUUCUCUUUUCUAGUCACUACACCCCCAGCAUCUUCUCUGCUCAUAUAAAUCUGACACCCCACAGUAAAUCACUCCACAAAAAAAGCUUUUUUUCUCUGUUUACAAAGAGCGUGAUCCAUUUGCCGUCCUCCUCCCUCGGCAUAAUGUAAAAUAAUCCUUCCACACACUCACUUUCAUUUUCUUCCUUAGAUUGUGGAAAUGCUGAGAUCUGGAGAACAGCAUUUGGUAAACAAAAUCCUUACAUCAGGAAGACGACAAUAAGACAGUGAGAUGUAAGGCUGGUAUUCUUUAGAAGAGAAAAAAAAUAAGUGGGAGCUUUGAAGUCUUAAGGCAUAAUAAGAGCUAUGCUGGGUUUAAAAUGAGUGUAAAAGACCUUCCCAAGCCAAAGUGAAAAGGGCCGAACCUGGCGUCGACUCGUCUCCUUGGGUAUCUACUUUCUUGUUCAUGCCACGCUGGACAGCUGUAAUUUAACGGCGAGUGCUCUGACAACAAAACAACAAUACAAAUCUUCAUUCCUGAAAGACCUUUCCCGUUGUGACCGGAAAACCAACAGCUGAGAAAUCUGCUCAUCUCCUCAAUAGAUCCUUUCUGUACGAGUGGCUACACUGCAAAAAAAAUCUAUUUAUUAAUCAAGGUUUUGUCAUGUUAUCCAAAAGAAAUAUCUAAACAUCCUUAAAAACAAGAUACAUUUAUCUGAGAAGCAAUUUUAGGAUUAGAUGUGAUCUCAGUCAGUACAUUUUUAAUGAAGUUUUCCCCUCCUUGAUUUAAGCAUAAAUCUCACUACAUUUAGAUAGAAAUGGUUUGGGUUCAAUAAAAGUUGUGCUCAAUUGCCAACAUUCAUUGCAUAAUGUCUGUUACCACAGAAAAUAAUUUAAACUCACCUCAGUUUUUAAAAACAAAACAGGCAUAUUUUAAAAUAAAGAAAUACAUUUUUUGCCAUUUUAAUUAGGAAAAAUAAGCUGUUCUCUGUUACAUAAUACUCUCUCAUAAUACACUCUCGCUUUGAAGAGUUUGGGGUUGGUAAGAUGUUUUCUGUUUUUUUAAAGAAGUCUCAUCCUCACCA